AUGGAAGUAUCGAAGGAGACAGCAAAAUCAGAUGAAUGGCAUCUAGUUGGCCGGGUAUCUUCAUUCCCAGAUAUUGGCCUGGAGGAAAAAUGCCGAGUCUUGCCUGGAUGUACGAUCAAAAGUAUCCCCAAAACAGAAGACCCUGAGAAAAGCCGGGCGAAUCGGUUAUCAGAUCUAGAUGAUCAAGUGCUUGUUUUCAAGUACAAGGGGUUCCUGCAUGCCAUUGACAAUCAAUGCCCGCAUUCCUCGUUUCCGCUUAAGCAAGGCAAUGUUUUCGACAUUGAAGAUAUUGGUGCUGGAAUCCGGUGCUUUAGACAUGGCUGGAAGUUUGACCUCUUCACUGGAAAGGGCGACCGUGGCCCACACAAGUUGAGUUUGUGGGAUAUCGAUCUGCGGGAUCCUUCAUCUGUACCUGAUGGCAGGUCCUCGAGUAAUGACAAGGAAGUGUGGGUCCGAAGACACGCGCAAGUCUGA